UCUCACGCAGUCACGCUCCAUUCUCUAGUCUUAUCUCAGCGCGAAGCCACCUCUCCCAAAUCGCCGCCGCCACCAACCUCUCACCUCUCUGAAACCGCCGCGCCCCUUCAUCUCAACCGAGCCCCCAGCACCCCAUGGCCUCUCCACCUGCCCCUCCCCUUCCCAGCACGCGACCGAGCCCCCCCAAACUAACCCUACACCGCCGCCCCUCCCCUGCACCGCCGCAGCUCCAUCUCUCCUCGCCCCGUCGGAAGGACCGACCAGGAGAUGGUCCACCGGCGGAAACCUAUCCCAGUGCGGUGGUUCAAUACGCUGUUCCCAGACAGCAUGCCCAAGGGAAGAAGAACAAAGGCAAGCCAAUCCACUACGGCGGGUCGAUUCCGGCAAUGUUGGACGCACUGGAGCGUGUCCAGGACAUCGGGGAGGCGCUCUGGCCUUGGAAGGACACGCUGAACAGCCGGGAGAGAACCAUUAUCCUCAAGGAGCAGAAGGAUUGGAGGCGAGCGGUUGAAAUCUUUGACUGGUUUCGCAGGGAGAGGUGCCAUGAGCUCAAUGUGAUUCACUACAAUGUUGUGCUCUGUGUGGUUGGGCGGGCGACGAGAUGGGACCUUGUCGUCGGCCUAUGGCAUCAGAUGCAUUCUUGCGGUGUGGUGCCUGAAAAUGCAACGUACGGUACGCUGAUUGAUGUGUAUUGCAAAGGGGGUCGAGAGAGGGCCGCAUUGCUGUGGCUAGGGGACAUGUGCAAGCGAGGUUUGGUGCCUGAUGAGGUUACUAUGAGCACUGUCCUUCAGGCAUAUAAGAAAGCUGGAGAGUAUGAAAAAGCCGAACUUUUCUUCAGAAGAUGGUCGUCGGAAUCCCAUAAAAGAAAGGAAGGACAUCGUUGCUAUAACCUCUAUACUUAUAACACCUUGAUUGAUACUUAUGGUAAGGCUGGCCAGCUUGAGAAAGUAUCAGAUGCGUUCAGCCAAAUGUUGAGAGAAGGUGUUGUGCCGGAUAUUUUUACAUUCAACACACUGAUUCAUGUUUGGGGUAAACACCAUAGAAUGGAGCAAGUGUCUUCCUUGGUGAGGAUGAUGGAGGAGUUCCAGUGCCUUCCUGACACUAGGACUUACAAUAUACUUAUCUCACUGUAUAGAGAAAUCGAUGAAAUUGAUGUUGCAGAGUUCUAUUUUUGUAAGAUGAAAGCUGAAAAUUUAGUACCAGAUACCGUGAGCUGCCGCACACUCUUGUAUGGAUACUCUACCAGGGGCAUGGUCACUAAAGCAGAAGCCCUUAUUAAAGAGAUGGACGAGAGUGGCCUGGUGAUCGAUGAAUACACACAGUCAGCUCUGACUAGGAUGUAUGUAAAUACUGGGAUGCUUGAACGAUCGUGGCGUUGGUUUGAGAGGUUUUGUCAUCAGAUGGGCUCUGAGUGCUUUUCUGCAAAUAUUGAUGCAUUUGGGGAGAAAGGGUGCAUAAUCCUUGCAGAGAAGGCUUUUAUGUGUUGCUUGGAGAGGAAGAUGCUUUGUGUUUCUGUGUGCAAUGUUAUGAUCAAGGCAUAUGGGUUAGUAGAGAAGCUCGAUGAGGCGUGUGAGGUAGCUGACUGCAUGGAGAGGUAUGGCGUAUUACCUGAUUACUUGACUUACAGUUCUCUCAUUCAACUUCUGUCAACUGCUAAACUGCCAGAGAAAGCUCUCUACUACUUGAGAAAGAUGCAUGCAGCUGAACUGCCGAUUGAUUGUGUUCCAUAUUCUGUGAUUAUUAGUAGCUUUGCUAAGAAGGACAAUUUACACAUGGUUGAGUGUCUAUUUAGAGAAAUGGCCACCUCAGGGAUCUGUGCUGAUGCAUAUGUUUACUCUAUCUUAAUUGAUGCAUAUGCUGAAGUUGGAAAUGUCCAUCAAGCUGCUGCAUAUUUUGGUUUAGUUACAAAAGCUGGUUUAUGUGAGAGUUCUACGAUCUACAAUUCUUUGAUCAAGCUCUACACGAAAGCAGGGUAUCUUGCAGAGGCUCAUGAAACAUACAAGCUUCUGAAAUCAUUAGAUACUGACACCAACCUUUAUGCAUCGAACUGCAUGAUUAGUCUAUACAGUGAUCAUUGUAUGGUGAACGAAGCACGCGAAAUUUUUGAGAGUUUAAAGGCCAGCGGAUGUGCAAAUGAAUUUUCACAUGCGAUGAUGGUAUGCUUGUACAAGAAAGUUGCUCGCUAUGAUGAAGCUCACAGGAUCUCUAAGGAAAUGCAAGCUUUAGGACUUCUAACUCAAGUAUUAAGCUAUAAUUCUGUGAUUCAAAUGUACAUAUCUUGUGGAAAAACGGAGGAGGCUGUGAAAAUAUUUCAGAACAUGUUGGCAUCUAGCACACCACCAAAUGAUGCAACUUUCAAGGCACUAAAAGUGAUUCUAGUGAAAGAAGGAGUUUCAAAUAUUGAGAUUACGAAGUUAGAAUCUCUCAGAAGGAGUAACACUCAUGAUUGCUUGAAUCAAUGGUACAAGGUACUAUGUUUGGUUGUAAGAUCAGAUGGUAGUAUGUCUCGAUGUAUUGUUGAUCAUUCUGGUACAAGGAUAAAUUCCUUUUUACAUUGACAAUUUCUAGAGUAGCUGAAGGAUGCCAGAAAGCCAGUAUCCAGUAUGGAUUUUAACUGGUUGUAAAUCUUUGUUGAUACACCACAGUGAUGAUCCAUCUGUAUACUGUACAAGGAAGCUAAGUCAUCGCUAUUCGCUAAAACGAAAACUUGAUUGCUGAUUGAUGCACUGCAACUUUGUGGAAAUAUAGUCCAACAUGGAUCCCACUACAUUGCUUCAGAUGCAGGUCCUAAACUGUCGAUUUACUUCUUCACAGGCCCUAAACUGAAGAUUUGCAUCUUCACAGGCCCUAAUUUGCAUUUUGAAAUGCCGUACCGUGGAUGGUUUCCAGUAUUUUUGUGAUAACCAAGGUUAUUGUCAAUGUCUGCUUUCAGCAACAUCUGCACAUGGGGCAUGGAGUAUACCUCCAUUUUCUCUUCUUCAAUUUCAUCAAGAACAUGGAUUGCAUUGGAAAUGGACAGCGACCACCUCAGGUUAGUCAACAAGCUCGGCAGCUGUGUGGAGGAAGCACUGCAUUUUCAAUGCAGCAUUUUGGACGUCCUAGGUACUGGCAAAGUGCAAGUUAUUGGCAUGCUUGACAAUCAAGAGGAAAUGCUUGAGAAUCAUUUGGGCAAGAAGCACUAGCCUGGAUACGUCACUGGUCAAAUUUCACACCAGGCAGCACCGCAUCAAAACAUUCGGGCACCUUCUGAUGAAAUACCAUUACCAUCUGAGAUGCUUUAUUCUUGUCUUUGAUCAGGAAGAAACCAGUAACCCUGUCGUUGAAGAAACCACACAGCUAGUCCUGAAUCUUUAGUGGCAGCGUCUGCCCGAUUACAGCAACAAGAAAACAUUUUCAGAACUUCUGGAAAUAAACUGGGAAGUCCUUGUGAGAUCAUCUGGCAUGUAUGUUGACAAACUGCGCAACCGGUGGAUUGCAGCAUUUGUGUCCCUUGUCGCCUGUUGUUAUCAUGAGCUGUAAAUCUUUUUCGCACGCCCUUCUCUUCUUGAUCUCCUCUGCGAGUUAUCCAUCCAAAAAGUCAUUAAAGCGCAAGCAAGAUUGCCUCUCCUGACUUGUAAAUAUUUAUUGCUCUCUUCUUAAUGAAAAGUCAGUGCUUCUGCCGGUUUCUAAAAAAAAAAACAGAUUGCCUCUCCUGUACUUCAACAAUGCCAGUGACAUAUAAUUCCUGCAUGCUCUUGAUUGCCUAUCUAUUUGUAUAACAAGAACGUCUGCGCCAUCACGCUAGCAGCAGGCAGAGAAAGAAGAGCAGGGGAAGGAAGGAGGCAUCAUUGCUGCCUUGCUGGCCUGGUUCUCACGAUCACAUCAAUGAUGGCUUCUUGGAAGCUAUCCAUACGGAUGGGUGAUGAAUGCUCUGCCACCUCCCACGUCAAGCUGACCUCCCUUGCUUCUGCUCGGCGCCAUCCAGCAGAGCUUCAAAUCAUCACGAGCAGUGGCAGAAGAAGCAGUAAACCCGAGACGAGACGUGGCCUGGCCCGGCUAGCCGGCGGCGCCUGGAAAUUACCCUUCUGCCCCCCCUCCCCCCGUGUGGCACGUCCCGUCGUUUCGCGGAGGGGCAGGAGGGUAAAAUCAUGGCGCCGCGUUCGCGCGGGAAAUCCGGAACGCAAGCAAGGCAAGGGCAGUAGCACUGCUCUGCCUCUGCUGCGGGGUACCCUGCGGCUGCGAGUGCCAGCCGGGUAGCACUAGCGCGUCGUCCUCCCGUCUCAAAACGUUUUAAUACUGUACUGCUGCCAUUGCAUUUUCUUUCUUGUGCAGGGGUUAGGGUUUCGUGGGGGCGUGCGUGCCCUCGCCUCGCUCCGGGCCGGGGGGAAGGGACGGCCGCCUCUUGCUCGCUCGCUCGCUUGCUGCUGUCCGAUCACACGCCGGCACGCCGCCGCUUGCUCGCAGCUCGGUUCCAGAUCCGAUCGGGUCUCGCCGACCACGCCGUGGGCCCAGGUGCUCCCGAUUGGGUCGGCGCCGGGCCUUCCUCCUCGCCGUUGACAUCUCCGGCCGGCUCGCGCUUGCAGGAUGCGAUCGGUUCCGAGGAUAGGGCAAUGGAGAAUGGAACCAAGGCUGCUGAUGAUGUUAGGGAAGGGCAAUUCAAGCUCAUGGAGCAAUAUCGUGCCGCAACAAGCCCAGCCUUUGUACAUACUGCUCUUCUCUCUGGCUUGGCGGACAUAACCUGAGGCUCCUCAGGCCAAGCCUCUGCGCAGCGACUCCUUGUAAGAGGAAGCAUUCGUCUGCACGUGCCCAUCAACAACUCCUGCAACUGUUCUCCACUCUUGAACACCGAUGACCUUGUCCGGGUGCUACCCAGUCCUGGAUGAGCUAUGGUGAUACGAGUACUUACCCUAAGUAGUAGUAGUAGUAGUACUAUAUAGCACUAAUCUUGUCUCCCUUGGCUCUAUUCCAUCUUUACUGGGUUUAUUUGUUGCUCCCUUCUGCCAAGGUGCAUUGCUGUUGAAUGCUACUAUGUCAAGGUUCAUUUUGGUUGUCUGAUGUGAACAGAUUUCGGCUCUUUUGCAGCUGCAAGUUGUGUACUUGCAUUGUUGUAGCAAGUGAAGUUAUUUGCUGCCAUAUGAGGAUUGCCGAUUAUCUUUGUUGUGAACCUAA